AAAAGUAUGCCUAAUACUCUUCUCUGUAUUAUAUCUGGCUAUAGAAACAAAGCAAAGCAUCACUGCAUUAUCAAUGAUUUCCAGCUACUAUUUUCUGCAGGACCCAUUUUAUAAGCCAUGUCCAAUCACUAUGAAAUUCCAUCCUGGGCCGGAAAGCCGCCGACAGGGUUACAUUUAGAUGUAAUGAAAGACGACAAACUUAUACAAAAGCUUAUGAUAGACGAAAAGAAAUGCUAUCUUUUCGGACGUAAUCCCCAGAUGAAUGACUUUUGCAUCGAUCACGCGUCAUGCUCAAGAGUACAUGCAGCCUUCGUGUAUCACAAACAUCUUAACAUAGCAUACCUAGUGGAUCUGGGCUCCACACAUGGGACUUAUAUCGGUUCUGUACGGUUAGAGCCAAACAAGCCUACGCAGCUGCAGAUUAACUCUCAGUUUCACUUUGGAGCUUCUACUAGGCACUAUAUGCUGAGAGAACGACCCACUGUUGGUUCACGAUCAAAUAUUAUGGAGGAUAUACCGAUGAUGGAUACCAGCGAUGGGACCUAUCUAGGUCUGCCUGAGAGUCAAACCGAGCUGGAUAAUUUAACCGAAUACAACACUGCUCACAAUCGACGAAUUUCGAUGCUAGGUAUCGCUGACGAGACCACUAGCUUCAAAAAGAAUAUGAAAAAUAAGCGAAAACGAAAAGGCGUUCAGUUCAAUGAAGAUGAAAUCAUUAUCAAUCCUGAAGAUAUUGAUCCAAGUAUCGGGCGCUUCCGAAACCUCAUCCAGUCAACAGUGGUCCCGGUUGCAGCAAAAAGGACGAAAUUCGACAUCAACUCCAUGGGUUUUUCUGCACUACCGUCAUCUGGUAAAUCAAUACAACACUCGCAUAGUUUGGUACCAAGUUUAUAUCACGGGAUCGACGAUCAUGCAAGUGAUAGCAGAACAAAUGUGGGAGCAAGUAGCACUCCCGGAUUUUCCUUUGACAUGGACACAACUCCCAGCGGUCUAACUUCCAAACUGGGCAUAAUUUUACCCAAUCCUGCACCUGAUGUCAACCCUAUUAGUGUGACUUCCUCCAUGAUGCCGCCCCCGCUGUACAACACCAGCGCUCCCAAAAACGUCAAAAUAGUCGACAAGCCGGACGUAUCCGAUGAGCCGAAAAAGAAGAAAUACGCAAAGGAGCAGUGGCCGGGUAGAAAACCGUUAGGAUUAGGAGGAUUCUAGAAACUCAUGUAAGAAAUAUUCGCAAAAAUGUGACAAACUAUCUA